AUGGAAGAAAUACGAUCUGAAUUGCCGCCGGCUAGGAAAUACGAAAAGGACAGAACCCAGUACAUCCUCGAAGCCGCGAUGGUCACCGGAGACGCCGCCGCCUUGUACAGCGCGAAGCACGUGACUCCGGAGGAAGGAAACGUCACCGUUUUAAUAAAAAAGAUCGAUAUCAGAAAAGUCCAAGACGUCCUCUAUUUAACGAAUGAUAUCCACAACGCCGGAGUUUGCGAUCACGACAACAUCGUCAAAGUCCACUGCUCCUUCGUGAUCGACGGCGAGCUCUGGAUAGUGAUGCCGCCGUCGUGUUCCAGGGGGUCGAUCAGGGCCAUGAUCCACUCCACGUUCCGACACGGCCUCCCCGAAGAAUCCGUACGUUUCAUCCUCGGAGAAACCUUGAAAGCGCUGAGUUACCUCCACGGGAAGAACAAGGUGCAUCGGAGCAUCGGCGCCGACUGCGUCUUCCUCGACGAGAAACCCUCCGUCAAAUUGUCGUUUCUGUACCUCACCAUGUACGAAGAUCACCUCCAUCCCGGCGAUUCCGCCGCCGCUCUUCGGAACUUGAUAGUAACACCGGAAUUGACCCCUGAAUUCCGGCGAGACCACGAUAAGGCCACCGAUAUAUGGAUGUUCGGAUUGCUGGCGCUCGAACUUUUCUACGGCGACAACAUUCCGGCGUCCAUUCUCCUGGAAUUCAACCUCUACCGCCAUGAAUCCAUCAUCGUGCAACAGACGAGGAAAAAAAACCUUCCAGCUUCCAAGUUCAUCGGGAAAUUAGGGUUCGGUUCGUGCUUUUGUGGGAAAUCAAAGAAGCGGAUUUUAGAGCAGGAAUUGGGGGAGGUUAUUGACGCUUGCCUGUCGAGGGAUCCGACGGCGGACCAGUUGAUGGAGUUCGACUAUUUCCGGCGGCCCUUAAUCUCCAGGGGAGAUAGUAUCAGGCCAUUGCUGAAGGCUUUGAAAUAG